GCUUUUGGGAUGCUCCGUUGUGCCACAGGAGGAAGGGCUCAGUCUCCUUGGCAGGAAUAGCUGCUCCCAACAGACCACUUCCGCCUGUCUCUUUGGCAACCACCCCAGGACGCCCUCGGCUUCAAACUCGCACCCCAUCUGAGCUGCUUGAGUGUUGGCACUCCAACGGAGCACUUUGUUUCAUCAACCCCCUCUUCAUAAAGGUUCACCAACAAGACGGUGACGACAGCACCACUUCAAAUCUCUCUAGCACAAGAAAUCAAGGCCUGAGGGAGGAACCCAUUAGCAACAGCCUGGAAACGACCAACAAGGACACUCGGUGCUCUUGUAGAGACAGUCCUCAGGUCUGUAGCGCUGAUCACAGUGACAGCAGCCUGUCAGGUCAAAGCAAUCUGCAGAGCCUUGGCAGAAACACAGAGUUACAAGACAGUAACAUUGAAACCAGCAGCAGCAAUCAGAAGCUGAGUACUGCAGACAGUGUGUCAAGCCCCCCACCUCCUCGUCCACCCCCACCUCGCUUUGUGGCACAACACUCAGCCCCUCCCGUCCGACAGCGCAGAAUGCCAGAGAAGAUCUCUUGGAUCAAUGUCCCAAAGGAGAAGGUAGAGGAGAGGGCCAGCCUCCUUUUUCGUCUGGGCUCCUCGCUAAGCAUCAGCCCUUCAUCCUCCCCUCCCAAAAGACUCAGCAUCAGUACUCCCAUAUCCAUUCCUUGUCCAUCCCUGCCCAUCUCUCUAUCAUCUCUCUCAUCCUCUCCACGUCAGACCAGGGCCUCACCAUCCUCCAGUCAGGAAGAUGCCCAGUGCCACUUGGCACUGGAGGACCACAAUAUUGAGAAAGCCCUCAUUAGGGCCAAACUGCUUAAAACUACCAGGGUCCCCGCCCAGGACUCCAGCAGUCCUCCAGACCUGUCACUGAUGACAACAAGCAAGCAUGCAGAAAGGACAGGAGAAGAAGCAGGUGAGGAAUGCAGUAGCGGAGGUCAGAGGCUAAGUGACAUGAGCCUUUCCACAGAUUCCUCAGACUCUCUGGAUCUGUCUUCAGCCUUCUUCCUUCCUCCUUUACAUGACCCUAGUCCCCCCACUGUGGCUGAUUUUAACACCCACCUCCCCUUCUCCCUCCCACCAUCCCAACUGCCUUACUGCAGCAUGGAGGAGGAUGAGGUUGACGAGGAUGACGAGGACGAAGAGGAGCCUGACAAUGGCGUCAGCCUCGAGAGUGACCAAGACCAGGACCUCACCAUGAUGCCACCAGGCCACCAUACAAAGCGUCGCUCUAGUGCCAGUGCUCUGAUCCUGCAGAAGGCCCUGCGAGGGCACCUGCACAAGAUGAGUGGGGUUUUCAACUCGCUGCUAACGCCCGAGAAGAGGGCGAUCCGCAGGGUGGUAGAGUUGUCCAGCGAUAAAGGCUCAUACUUUGGCUGCCUGGUGCAGGACUUCCUGAGCUACAUGGGCGAGGGUGCGGGCACCGAGGCCUGGCAGAGCUAUGCAUCUGGACUGGAGCUUCUGCAGACUCUCCGCCAGUUUAUCACUCAGAUGAAGAGCUACCUGCAACAGAGCUCUGAGCUGGAGCCGCCAAUUGAGAGCCUCAUUCCUGAAGACCAGAUAGAUCGUGUUCUGGAGAAGGCCAUGCACAAGUGCAUCCUCAAGCCCCUCAAACCGGUGGUGAGCGUAGCACUGCAAGAGUUCCAGGUGCGCAGUGGUGCGUGGCAGGAGCUGAAAGAGAACCUGUCAUUGGCUAAGGCCCAGCAGCCGCAGGAAAUGGGUGUGGCUGACACGCUGCCCCCAGACCGCGUGGCCAUAGAGAAGAUCAAGCUCAAGUUCCACACCAUGAGUAAACUGUACUCCCCUGAGAAGAAGGUCACUAUGCUGCUAAGAGUCUGCAAACUCAUCUACACCAUCAUGGAGGAAAAUUCAGGUCGGCUGUAUGGUGCUGAUGACUUCCUGCCCAUGCUGACCUAUGUGUUGGCCCAGUGCGACAUGCCCCAGCUGGACAAUGAGAUCCUUUACAUGAUGGAGCUGCUGGACCCCUCACUUCUCCAUGGAGAAGGUGGCUACUACCUGACUAGUGCCUAUGGAGCCAUGUCCCUGAUCAGAAACUUCCAGGAGGAGCAGGCAGCCAGAGUGCUGAGCUCUGAAACCAGGGACACACUCCACCAGUGGCACCGCCGACGCACCACCCAGCGCUCUGCUCCAUCUAUUGACGACUUCCAGAACUACCUGCGGGUGGCACUGCAGGAGCUGGACAGCGGCUGUACGGCCAAGACCCUACAGGUCCGACCGUAUGCCACUGUGGAGGAGGUGUGUCAGCUAUGUGCGCUAAAAUUUAAAGUGUCAGACCCUGAGAAGUACGGCUUGUUCCUGCUGUUGGAGGGCAGCAGCCAGCAGCUGGCACCAGACACCCACCCUCAGAAGAUCAAGGCUGAGCUUCACAGCCACUCAGAAGCCGUUCCCUUCCACUUUGUCUUCCGCCGCUUGACCAACAGCAACACCUCAUCAUCAACUUCUUUCGAUCCUAUGCCCAACCUCAGUAACCUCACUGUGACCUCUGACCUCAAUAUGGACCUGUCAGCCCACUCCCCCCAACCCACUCUCAGUUUAGGCCUCAUUCCUACUCUGAGCCACCUCAAUGGCAACUCCAUAUCUAUGUGACUGCAGCAGGGGGGCUGACUAAAACUUUGAGUGGGGUCUUUGUCUCCUAGCUGUGACUGUCGUCCGUUACUGAAGUAUAUUAAAAGACAGUACCGACCCAG